ACAGGUGGGUGGGGUUUCAGAGCAGCCCAGCCCCUGCCUUCCUCUGCUCAUCCACUGAGCGAAAGAGUGAGACUAGAGGAGGGAGGAGUGGGGAGGAAAGAGAGAGAGAGAGCCAGACUGAUUCCCCGAGCCUGAGAAUGGAACGGCAGUGUGUGAGAGCGAGCGAGAGCAUGCGAGUACUCUGAGUUUCUGAGUCCACCUGCGUAUCACAACAUCAUCACAACAGUAUCACUUCAGUUACCACAGGACGACAGAGCAGAUUGCCAUCACAGCACACAGAGACUGAAAGAGACUUAACAAGGGAACACAAGAAGGAGAAGAAAAGACUCUGAUUUGAAGAGACAAAUCUAAAGAGCCUCUCUUUAUUAAAAGGGGGCACGUCGGGGGACCGACACCAGCCGACAAUCCAAAGAGUCUUGCCUGUGCAUUAAGUUUCCGAGAUUUGCUUUCUUUACUUGAUGCCUCAAAGGUCGUCCACCCUCCAAAGUGCCGUGAUGAUCCUGGACUUCUGUCUGAUCCUGUGGUUGACAGGUCACGGAGUUGAAGCCGUGUUCUCGCAGCAGCCCCAAGACUUGGUGGUGGUUGCUGGACAGCCUGUCACCCUUCCCUGCUCCAUCCCCGGUUACCAUGGUGUUGUGCUAUGGAUCAAAGAUGGACUUGCUUUGGGCGUUGGAAGAGACCUUUCAGGUUACCCUCGAUACGCUGUGGUUGGGGAUCAUACUUCGGGCGAACACCACCUGCGAAUCCAGAGGGUGGAGCUGAUGGAUGAUGCUGUGUUCGAGUGUCAGGCCAUUCAGGCUGCCAUGAGGUCCCGUCCUGCCCGACUUACUGUGCUGGUUCCACCUGAUGACCCGGUUAUCAUCGGUGGGCCCGUGGUGAGCCUGAGAGCGGGUGAACCCCUAAACCUGACCUGUCACGCAGACAACGCCAAACCUGCGGCUUCCAUCAUCUGGAUUCGAAAUGGGGAGGUGCUAAACGGAGCCACGUACUCAAAGACUCUUCUUCGAGAUGGAAGGAGAGAGAGUACGGUCAGCAUCCUCUACAUUUCAGCCUCCAACAUCGAGUCUGGUCAGAAGAUCAUCUGCCGGGCCUCCAACAAAGCAGUGCCCAACGGCAAAGAGACCAGUGUGACUAUCGACAUCCAACAUUUGCCAUUGGUUAACCUCUCUGUGGAACCUCAGCCUGUUCUGGAGGGAAACCUGGUAAAGUUUCACUGCUCGGCCAAAGCCAAUCCACCAGUCACCCAAUACAGGUGGGCAAAAGGAGGAAGUGUUAUAAAGGAAGUGUCUGGAGACACCUAUGAGGUCAUCGUGGACCAUUCGUUCUUCACUGAGCCUGUGUCCUGUGAGGUCACCAACCCACUAGGAAGCACCAACAUCAGCCGCAACGUGGACGUCUAUUUUGGUCCUCGGAUGGCUGCGGAGCCGCAGUCUUUACAGGUUGACCUGGGAUCGGAUGCGGUGUUCAACUGUGCCUGGACAGGAAACCCAUCUUUAACUAUUGUAUGGAUGAAGAGGGGCUCUGGAGUGGUGCUAAGCAAUGAGAACAUCCUAACGCUGAGGGCCGUCCGGCAAGAGGAUGCCGGGAAGUACGUCUGCCGUGCGGUAGUUCCUCGUGUCGGUGCUGCGGAGAAGGAAGUCUCUCUGACUGUAAACGGACCUCCAACCAUCUCAAGUACACAGACUCAUCAGGCUCCUCACGGGGAAAAGGGACAAAUCAAAUGUUUUAUCCGCAGCACGCCACCCCCGGACCGCAUUGCCUGGUCAUGGAAGGAGACAGUCCUGGAGUCUGGGACAUCAGGUCGCUACACUGUGGAGACGGUUAGCACAGAAGAUGGAGUGAUGUCCACCCUUACCAUGAGCAACAUCGUUCCCGCUGACUUCCAGACCAUCUACAACUGCACAGCCUGGAACAGCUUCGGAUCCGAUACAGAGAUCAUUCGACUCAAGGAACAAGGUGGGAUUCAAGACUCCCUCCCGGUUGCUGUGAUCAUCGGCGUGGCAGUCGGAGCUUUUGUCGCUUUCAUCGUCCUCAUGGGAACCAUCGGAGCGUUUUGCUGCACGCGCUCACAGAGAAAAGACGCUCACCUGGUUAUGCCUACACUGCCCACCUCCAUCUGUGCUCAGCAGAGAGAACUUGCAAGCAAACUUAAGACAGAAAACCUCAAAGGCGUUGUCUCAGCCAAGAAUGACAUACGUGUGGAAAUCGUGCACAAGGAUCACAAUGCGGCCCGAGAAAACGAGGAACAGUCCAGCAUGAAACAGCUCAUGAUUGAGCGGGGAGAGUUUCAGCAGGAGUCAGUCCUGAAACAACUGGAGGUCCUUCAGGAAGAGGAGAAGGAGUAUCAGCACAUCAAGGAUCCCACUAAUGGAUACUACAGUGUCAACACCUUCAAGGAGCAUCAUGGCACUCCAACCAUCAAUCUGGCAGGAAACCAGACCACAGAGAUUCGCCGAGAUCCAGGCACAGCCACCACCGGCAAGCAGCGGGUUCCCACAGGAAUGUCCUUUACCAACAUCUACUCUACCUUGGGUGCUGGGCCCAACCGCCUGUACGACUACAGCCAGCGGUUCGUGUUGGGCAUGGGCAGCAGUUCCAUCGAGCUGUGCGAGCGAGAGUUCCAGCGGGGAUCGAUGAGCGACUCCAGCUCAUUCCUGGACACGCAGUGCGACAGCAGCGUGAGCAGUUACAGCAAGCAGGACGGCUACGUGCAGUUUGACAAGGACAGCAAGGCCUCUGCUUCGUCUUCAUCCCAUUACUCUCAAUCUUCAUCCCAGAACUCAGACCUCACGCGGCCGCUGCAGAAACGCAUGCAGACCCAUGUCUGACCUGGGCUGCCUGGAGAUGGACAGAAGAAUAUCAGAAUAUCAUGGGUUUGGCCAAAAGGGAUUGACACCCUCCGAGACACAAAUCAGGAACUAGUUCAAGCACAUCUAGCACACCAUUUUAUUUCCCCCCACUUUUUUGCUUAAUAUAUAAUUCAUAUUUGUCUAAAUGUUAUUUAACAGCUCUGAGAAGCCUUACCGUAUUUUUGAGCCUAGUGACUUUCCCAAUGCUCUAAACGUCUAGGCCAAAAACUUCCGUGUGCCACAGUGAUGUUACUUGCCAACAUAGAAAGUAAAAAGGAUGUGAACUCAACCAGCGUCCUUGCUUGGAGUUCCAAUGACUUGAAUCGGCUCCGAAUGAAUAAAAACGCAUAGCAACAGGGAUUGCGAAAAAUGCCAUAGUUGGAGUCUUUGAAGAGAGCUGAUGAAGGCUACAAGCACUCAUCUGCACUAGAGGACAAUGCUCUUGUGCUCCUGUACAUUUAAGCACAACUGUCAAAGUUGUACGUACGAUUUCUCAAUGUCACUUCUUUACCACAGCUAGAUAAACAAAAGGAAAUCAGAACAAAAGGACAAAAAAAUUGACAAUGAAGUAACUAACAACAGACAGAACUGGUGGAUUCUGGCACUUCUGACAAAGGUUCUUCUGACAAAAAUGUGAUAAUUGUACUUGAAUGAUCCUAAGCUGUUGGUUUAUGAUUCAAAGAUAAGAUAUAUUUGUGUUCUGUGAUAAUCUUUCCUUCUUUAUUUCUUCCUGAACAUUCUUGAUGUUCAACAUCUUAACCUUAUAGUUUGAAUUCAUUACCUGCUGGAUUCGAAUUGGGGUUAUGGGAGCUUUUAUCUGCUUAAUUUUUGCCUUGAGUGCACUGAGACUUUUCCCACUUUUUUAAAGCUAAAGUGUGUAAUUCAGGGAUCUCCAACCCUGCUCCAACACACCUGCCUGUAAUUUCCAAGUAACCCUGAAGAACUUGAUUAGUUGGUUCAGUUGUGUUUGAUUGGUUAUGGAGAUCCCUGGUGUAUUUUGUUUUGCACCACUAGAGUCAUUCAUUGGAUCAAAAGCUCAGGCCAUUGAUUGAGCCAGUUGUGCUGUGUCAGGAUGGUUUGGAUGUAAUGUGUACAGCAAUAUGUUGAUAGCACCACAGAGACACAGUCAAGUUGCAAAUGGCUUAUGUUGGUCUUUGGAUAUUAAGAAAAUGUUUUUACAUUACACACUUAAGCUUUAAAUGCUAUUAUUUCUGACAGAAUUUGGUUUGGUGUGCAUAAUGCACUGGGGAACAACUAAUGGGAGCGCGAUGAUGUUCGCAUUUAAACAAAGAAACACUAUGUCCCGUCUAUGUGAAGUCAAAUUAUACUGCUUCAAAAUCAGCCUUUCAAUACAUAAAAUGCCAUUUAAACUUGUGCUAGAUAUAUUUUCGAAUUGCUUCUGUCUUGCAAGACACAAAUUUAGUUAAUGAAGAUCUGAUUAGAUGAUCUGUGUACUGUUCAUGUGGUUGACAUUGGACUGCACUGCGUUGUGUUCUCUCACUGUUAUAAGUGAGCAGUUUGUGUACAUUUUUGAAUGGGGAAGGGGCAUUCAUGUUUAAUGUAAAUGGAUGUUGUUUUUUUCUGUUUCUGUUGUUCCUUUUUUAUAAUAUUUUAGUCUAAAGAACUGAAUUUGCAAUCUACGACACUACUGAUGACUCAUGCACUUCUACACUUGUUAAGUAAAAUCGCUCUUACUUCCAAAUCAGUGUAAUGAAAUCAAGCUAGCAUUGCAUUCUAUUUGGGAUGUGCAGACACAAACACUUCAAUGAGAUUCUGUGAUGCUGUAACUUUGUUUUAAACGCUGUGCUGUACUAAAAACAAUGAGAUCAAUUAUAAUGUGCUAUAAAAUUCAACAACAAAACUGAUAAAACCUCAGAUAGAAGCUCAAAACGGAAACCCUCUCUAUCUUUGAAUAACUACAGAACUACACAUCUAGACUGACAGACUUCCUACAGACAGUUUAACAUUUUGCAACUAUUCGAGAACCAAUAAAGAUUCAUCCAAUGGAGUGCCACAGGGAUGACGUAUUUUUCUAGGCCAUACCUGAAGGGAGUUUUUAGCACUUUUGGUUCCAACAUCCCGAAGUCAAUGAGUUUUUUUUAAGUGAUUUUGGUUAAAGGCCUAAAAAAGAUAAAAUAUCUUGAAAAUAUCUUGGGCUUGUGUAAACCCAAGAUAUUUUCAGGUUUUAUUCCACAACAUAAAACAAACCAGUAAUACCCUCAUGAAUUUUAAAGCUUUUACGUUUUUUUUAAAAGCAUAGUUGCUACAUGGGACGACAGACAUUAUCGGGCACUUUAAACGUUAUCAUCCAUGAAGAUUUUAAAAAAGCAAAAUGGGCACAAUUCCCAACAACGAUUCAUCAUCACAGUAUUUCCUUAACUGGGAAUGUGUUUUUAAUAAAGUUUUAAAGAGCUUGGUGGUGAUGAUAUUGAGGUCAAGGGGCCAUGGUGUAGUUUACUUGAAGCCUAAGGUUAUAUUAGCUUUAAAUUUCUAGUAAAUGCAUUUAGACACUGAAAUUCAUAAAAGUUGUGUCUUUGACUUUUGUUAAACGCGGAGCUUAUUUUUUGAGAUAAUCCAAAAGUCUUUGGGAAAAAUUAAUGUGCUUUUUGUCCCGUUAACUUCCAGAUUGGCCUACAAAAAUACGUCACCACUGCAGCACACUAUUAUCAGUACUAAUUUGCAGUUCCAAGGGGCUGUUUACAUGACACUGUUAUCAACAAAAAACUGAAAACUUUUUUUACACGGUUGGGGCCUGAAAACACAAACUUUUGAAAACAGAUUUUAAAGUGAAAGUUUUUAAAAAUGAUACCAUUAUCAUCUUUGUGUAAACUACAAAAACACAAAUUUGUUAAAACAGUGAUGUCACGCGCAUUACGUGUUCUGACAUCGUGAUAUCGCCAACUACUGGUCAGGCAUGCAUAAUACAGCAUUUUAGUUGUUUUCGCAUUCUGUAGCAGUGUAAACAAGGAUUUUUUUGACAAUGUUGAGAAGUAGAUCGAUGUGUAAACGUACCCUAAUGCCGCCUUUCUACUGCACACGACAUUCAGAAGCGAUUGUCGGAGUUUCAGUUUAAUCGUUUCUUCGGAGGGAAGCUCAUUCCAGAGCAAGAGGCUUCAUUCUAAUGUUUACCAUAGUGUAAUAAAUAAAUGGAUGCAAAUGAAUGAAACAAUAAACAGCUAUGCAUAUAUGACAAAGACAAUAUUUUUGAAAAUAACAUAUGGAGACAAGAUUAAAAUUAUUAUUUAUACAUGUAAUUAAUGUAUUACUUAUCAGUAAUCAAGUUUUUUUUAAGGAUUCAAGUGUUACUGAAAAAGUUAAACAAAAAAGAUUAAAUAAUUUUUACCUCGCAUAAUGUUUUGAUUGGAAUACGCUGAAUUGUAUGUAGUGUAGUCGCAUAAGUUAAAAAUUUUUAACUCCUCACGCAGCCCCUUUGCGACUCUCCAUAGGACAUAAAUGACUUCCGGUUUAUCGGUUGCGUUUGUCGUGUGCAGUGGAAAGGCGACUUUGGCCACAAUUCCAGUAAUUUUGGUCCAUUUGCCAAAUUUGGGCUAUUUGCAAUGGGCACAUAUAAUAUCUCAAAUCAUUCAACGCUUUGUUUUUUGUACUCCUGCAAAAGAAAUAUUCAGCCAGACAAAAAAAAACAGCUUGAAGUCAUUCAGAAGAGAGAACAGCCAUUAUCUGAGAUAAUACAUUAAGUGGUAUAAUUGUAUGAAUUUGCCACUGACCUGUUAUGACAAGGUUCAGACUCAUCCCAGUAUGAGCGCCAACUGUACUUACAUCACAUGAUACUAACACUUCACUUGCUGCCAAAGUCUGUCUGGGUUAUUAAGCUCUGAAUCUACAUUUAGGUUACUAAACCAUAUACAGUAGUCUUACUCUGUGCAUUAAAUGUGAAAGCUAUAAGAGUGUUUUAGUUAUCAAUGCUUCAGACACUCCACAGUUUUAUCUCAUCCUCAAGUAAUCUCCCAUUUUUUAUGAUAAUAAAGAGGCUUUCCCUCAUAUAAAUAAGGAUGAACUGUGACGUCUCUCACUUUAAUUGCAAAGAUCUUUAAGUUUAAACCCAGAGGACGAAGUUUGAUUUGUACCAACCUGACAAUUCCUCCCGUCUGUCCUAGUAGAAGAAUCACUGGGGGAGUGACGCUACCGAGUCAGUCGCUCCUGUAAGCACUUUAUGUGUGAUUAUAUUUGUAGCAUUUCAAUGGGUUUCAUACAUGAGUGCUACUGGAUGAGUCUAAUUUUACAAAUGGAUUGGUGCCCAUUGUGGGGCUUAAGCUCGACAAGGCCUGUUUCAGUGCUGAUAAUGCAGCUCACGGUCGUUGCUACACUGUAUAUAAAUCUCGUAUGCUCUCCAUGUGUAAAAAUACAGUUAUUUUACUUUGUUCUUUAGUCAAUUUAAGUCGUAAUGGGCAGGAAGCGUAUCGCAACAUUGAAACUACAUUCGAUUGCUCUUACAUUUUUUCUUUGCUGUUGGGUGCAUGGCCAGUAAAGCUUACUUUGGCUAUGAAAAUUGAGUGUACACAUGCAACUUACUGUGAUACUCUGUACUCUAGUAUUGAAACUCCCAUCAGAAAGAUUUAAUCAGUGACUUUUCCAGAAUUGGAAAAUCACAAAAUUUCUAAUAUGCCAGGUUGCCAAUGCCCUUGGGAACUCUUCUAGGUUUGGAAGGUACUGAAAUCACUCCUAACUCCCUUUAUACUGUUACAAUCCAAAAUCUUGAAUUGUUUCAAACACAAUUUGUGAAUAAUGUCAUAUGUUAAUGUCAAAUUAGUGGGAUAUGACCAGUAACUUCUAAACAAUGACUUAUUUGGCUCCCCUUCUGCCGCUGCAGUAAGUUUCACUUUGCAAUCUUAACCGAACCAUAUGGAUAUUUAUUCUUUGGCAUUAACAUAUGUGAUUUCGAACAACACCAUAUGGACUGGUUUAUAUAAGCUGAUACAAUCUUAAAACAUUUCACGAGAGCAUUGUAACUCCUUAAUACGAGUUGAGUCUUCUGUAGUCACAAUUCACAAAGUAGUUUUAACCAUGUGCUAGAAUCAACAUGGAGACAGUACGCAAAUAUUGGAUUAUAGGCUGUUGUUCUGUGUUUGGCUAGCACUCACAACUCUUUUGUAGGAUGUGUAUGCUCUUAUCAUCCAGCCCUGGUGAAUUUCAAUAGCUUUUGGACCACAGGUUCUCACCCGCCUCAGGCGCUGGAUGGUUUUACACUUACAACCAAACCAAACAGAUGAACAAAUACCACUCCAGAUGAUAGGCCAGGGUCAUUGCCAGCCACAGACAGCAGACCGCAUUUAUGAGUAUUCAGUUCUCCCCUGACAUUUCAGCACAGCCUGGUGGGCUACUAGCUGAUGAGAUGCUGUGAAUUCCCUAUUUGAUGAUUCUGGUUUAUAUAGGCAUCUUCAUUCCUGGACGGAGAAACUGUCACAGUCUAGAUAGGUAUAUUAUUGUGUAAUAAUUUUUGUACCCGGUGGACAGACUGCAUCUGUGAUUUGUAAAAUUUAGCUCAAUUUCAAUCUAGAAAACAUACUGGGGACCGUUUUAUCAUAUAUGUACAUUAACGAGUGUUUCUUUCCAAAAUGUUGAAUCUUUUGUACAUGUCCCAAGCACUUUUAUACAUCAAAUUUGUAUUUAUUUAUAAUGGGUUGCCAUAAGACUAUAUUUUGUUCUUUUUUCAUGCUAUUGUUGUAACAGAGAGGGUGUGUACACAGACGUAGAGUAACUCAAAUUAGUAAUGUACCACGGUUAUAAAAAAAGGUUAACCACUAUUUUCUUGCAGUGACUCUCUCUAUCGGUAAAAGCAUUAACAAGAUGUACUUUACCUGUAAUGGUGUGUGAUCUUAUGAUGCUUUGGCUCUGUAUAUUUCUGAAAGAAAAUUGAAAAUCGUUGCAAAAAGAA